UUGCAACACCAAUAAAUAACUCUCUUCUUUCCGCCAAAUUAUGGCUACUUCUAUAACCCCUUCCCAGAAUUCAAGUGUAAAUAAUUGUAAACCUAGUAAAAACUCGACAUCAUCUCUUCAUAACAAUGGCCAUGAAAAAAUGACUGCACUAGAAGUGGAAACCAUUAAUCCACUGCCAACUACUAGACAAAGAGGAAGAGGUAGUGGUGGUGAUGGUGGCUAUGGUGGUGGUGUAAAUGAUCAUGGUGUUUUCUUGGCUUGGGAAGACUUGUGGGUGAAUGUUUCAAAUGGGAAAAAAGGAAGCAAAUCAAUCCUUCAAGGUGUAACUGGUUAUGCAAAACCUGGAGAGCUGAUGGUUAUUAUGGGCCCUUCUGGUUGUGGCAAGUCUACCCUUCUUGAUGCAUUAGCAGGGAGACUCGGUUCAAAUACAAGCCAAUCAGGAUCUAUUCUAAUAAAUGGUCAUAAACAGAGGCUCGCAUAUGGCACUUCGGCAUAUGUAACUCAAGAUGACACUCUGAUGACAACCUUAACGGUUAGAGAAGCGGUACACUACUCGGCUCAGCUUCAGUUACCAGACUCAAUGUCGAAGUCAAAAAAGAAAGAAAGAGCAGAAAUGACAAUACAAGAAAUGGGUUUACAAGACUCCACGGAAACAAGAAUUGGAGGAUGGGGAGCCAAGGGAUUAAGUGGUGGCCAAAGGAGAAGAGUUAGCAUUUGUAUAGAGAUGUUAACCCGUCCAAGGCUUCUGUUUCUUGAUGAACCAACCAGUGGGCUUGAUAGUGCAGCUUCAUUUUAUGUUUUGAGCAGAAUUGCAAGUUUGGAUCAGAAAGAUGGGAUUGGAAGAACUAUUAUUGCAUCAAUUCAUCAACCUAGUACUGAAGUCUUUCAGCUUUUUCAUUGUCUCUGCCUUCUUUCCUCUGGUAAAGUUGUCUUUUUUGGCCCUGCUUCUGCUGCCAAUGAGUUUUUUGCUUUGAAUGGCUUCCCUUGCCCCACUCUUCAGAACCCAUCUGAUCAUUUUCUGAAAACCAUAAAUAAAGACUUUGAAAAGGAUCUUGAACGAGGUUUAGGUUAUGGAAUGACAGCAGAGGAAGCAAUUGCUACUCUUGUAAAGUCAUAUAAAUCAUCACACAAUUAUCAACAAGUUCGAAGACAUGUAGCUGAAAUAUGUAAGCAAGAUUCUGGAGCACUGCAAAAGGAAAGAACUCGUGCUAGCUUCAUCACUCAGUCUCUCAUCCUUACAAGAAGGUCAUCUGUUAACAUGUUUCGCGAUCUUGGCUAUUACUGGCUACGUCUUGCUAUCUAUGUUGCAUUGGCUGUAGGCCUUGCUACUGUGUUUGGCAACCUUGGGUCGAGUUAUGCUUCGAUUAAGGAUAGGGGCUCCCUGCUAAUGUUCAUUGCUUCUUUCUUAACAUUCAUGGCGAUUGGUGGAUUCCCUUCUUUCGUGGAAGACAUGAAGAUAUUCCAACGGGAAAGACUAAAUGGGCACUAUGGCACGGCAGCAUUUGUUCUAGGCAACACAUUCUCAGCUAUACCAUUCUUGUUGCUUAUAUCACUAGUUCCUGGAGCUAUAACUUACUUCCUUCCUGGACUUCAUGGAGGAGCUGAACACUUCCUAUACUUUAUCUGCUCGUUAUUCGCUUGCAUGAUGCUUGUCGAGAGCUUGAUGAUGACUGUUGCAAGUAUAGUGCCUAAUUUCCUGAUGGGUAUAAUAACUGGAGCAGGGAUUCAAAGUCUAAUGAUCUUAGCUGGUGGAUUCUUUAGGUUGCCAAGGGAUCUUCCUGCCCCAUUUUGGAAAUACCCAAUGCACUACAUUGCUUUCCAUAGGUAUGCUUAUCAAGGUAUGUUCAAGAAUGAGUUUGAAGGACUAACAUUUCCUAAUAAUCAAAUUGGAGGGCCAUCUGAGGUAAGUGGAGAAGAAAUUUUGAGAAAUAUAUGGCAAGUUGAUUUGAGUUACUCUAAAUGGGUUGAUCUUGCAAUAUUAUUAGGAAUGAUUGUUGUGUAUAGGCUUCUCUUCCUGGGUAUUAUCAGUAUUAAGGAGAAGGUUAAACCCAUGAUUACUGCUUUAAUCUCUGCGUCUCCUAAGCAAACAACACAAAUCAUGGAAAAUCCAGUAACUACACCUUUGCAUCGAGAGAUUAAUGUCUAGAGUUAGGAUAAUUGGCAUUUGCUUAUUUUAUUUAGCAAUGAAGAGGACCUGUGUGUCCCAUGUGUUAGUGAAAUCUCCAUGUAUUGGCAUGUUUAUAUAAUUAGUUGUUAUCUGAAAAGUUAGGUAGCAACCUCCUCCGUUCCAUUUUAA